AAUAUAAUUGUAAUGCAAAGGCAAGUGUAUCUAAUCACUUAACCAUAAUGACGCUGUUUCAGAGAACUGUUAGUAAAGGCAGCGCCGAAUACUUCUACUUGAAAGUGGCAAUAGAAUUUGUUGACUCAGGAAUCAGCACAGACAGUUUGACGUUCAAGUUAGUCGUGACAAAGGCUCUGAAAGAGUUAUUUGGUGAUGCUGGUGCUGCCAUUCCUGUGGAUGUUCUUGGUUUCUGGGACCAGACAAUGGAGGCCAUAUUACGGGUACCAGGAAGAUCCGUUGUGAAACUAUGGAGUGCCUUGACUCUUCUUAGUGAGUGUGGUGGAGAGGAAUGUGCCAUCAGAGUUAAGCAGGUAUCACCACAUCUGAUGUCAUUAGCUGUGAAUAGCAGACAGUUUUAUCAGAAUCUACCAAGCUGAUACCCUGAACAGGUAAAAUGCGUAAACCCUUCGUAUAAUAAAAAUAGUUCUUCUAUGGCGCAUUUCACAUUAAAGGUAUCAAUGCGCUUUACAUUAGUGCCCUGGUCAUUAGACCAAUAAAAUUCCUCAGCUUUCUCAGCUCCCUGGGGAGUAAACAGGCCUGGGCAACCACAGCGCUCCAAAGGCUUUGGCAAACACAAUACCGACCACUACCCUCGAAGGUACACAUUUAUACCCAGGGGUGAAGAGAAGCAAUACUAGUAAAGCAUCUUGCUCAAGGACACAAGUGCCAUGACCGGGAUUCAAACCCACACUCUGAUGACUUAACCACCAGAACUUGAAUUUGAUGCUCUAAACCACUCAGCCAUUACACCCUACAUCAUGUUAUUGAUGAGUACGUCAUUUAUUAUUUUACAAGACUCAAAAUUUAACUGGACCACCGACCCCCCCAGGCCAAUGAUUUUAGUGUCGUGCCAAUUAACUCACAACAGGACAAGUUCUGCGGUCUUGUGCUUUUCAAUUCAACAUUAUUUGUUUUGAUCAAAAGUUGAGCUUGAGUCUGAUAAACGUCUUUCAAUUAGUAUGUUGAGUGCCAAAAAGUACUCUCUCAUAACACAAAGGAGAUAAAUAUUCACAAAGUCCUUGUUCAAAUCAAAACAGUUCAUACUUAAUGUGUUCUGAUUUUGAAUCUGGUCUUUUCGGCUCUAUUUCCCUUUAAAAGGUAAACUUAUUGACCUUUUAAACAAACAAAUAAUGUAAGAAUAGACAAGUUUGCCAGAAAUAUACAAUGCUAACAACUUUACAAUAACAUGUUCAGCUAUUAGUCCAAGGAAAAUGUACUCCCAUCCAAAUACUGAUAACAGUCCAUGGUGUUUCACUUGACCGUGAUGUCUGUGGCUUUCACAGCUACAUGUAGCGACUUUUUUUCAGACUGUACUCUUUUCAAAUUCUUGUUUUCAAAUUGAUAAUGAGUUUCUCUGAUCUAGCACAUUAAAAAGACAUAAAAUUUACUGCUUUGAUUUUACAUUUAACUUAAUGUCUUUUGAACAAAAAUAAUGCUGUAUUGGCAAUUAUAUAUAAUAUUAAAUAACAACACAGCAACCUCUGGAACAGAUAAAAUAAACAUAUUUUAAAAUCAAUACUGAAAAUUGUUGUUUUACAACGUCAAGUCUUACAUCACACACCAAAAAUCAACAUGCCUAUACGGUUACCAAUAGAUAAGAACAAAAUGACUGCUUUAUGAGAUACCACUUAUGUCUCCAUACUGUUUUAGUAAAGAAAGUGACGGUAAUAACAUUGGAAAAUGGACUGCAGUUGCCCUUCAAAGGCCUUUUCAAACACAAUUUCAACCUCUUUCCUUACAGAUUCCCAAUGUAUGCUCUUGGUGAAGCACAUCUUGCUCAAGGACACAUUUUUCAUGACCGUGAUUCAAACCAGUACCCAGAUGACUUGACCACCAGAACUUGUGACCGGUGCACCAGACCACUUGGCCAUGACACUCGAUGUAAAAAAAAAAAAAA